GUUCUACAUUAUUUCGUCCCAUUCGGGAAAAGUUCAGCAUUACGUUCUUCUCACCAGAAGCUUUGAACUUCAUUCAAUCCAUACCGUCAUGGCCACAAACUGGCUCUUUCUUGCUCGGGCUGGAGUGGCUACUACGUGGAUAGAGCUAGCCUUUGUGAUUUCCUUUGCGUUGGGCUUUUUGAUUCUUAGAAACGGCCUUUGUGGUUUUUUCGGACGUGGUCAUUUGAAGCGGAGAUAUGGCAUGGCGAAGCACAUCGCCCAGUUCAACAUGAAAUUGAAAAACAUCAUUGAAACAGAGGCGUCAGCUGGCAACUGGGUCAAUGUCCUUAAGGCUUGGCGUGCUGGAGAAGACGAUGCUCCCACAACUAAGGACAUAUUGAGAAUCGUUGUGCAAGCUUUCGUAGAUGAAGAACCAAACGCUUUGGUCAAGGAGAUGAUCUCGCAUAUCAAGAAACAUGACAAGGUUUUCUCCGGGUUUGGAAUGACCAUCCUGGACGUCGUUGCGCGUUCAGGAAAGACGCAGUUGAUGGAAGAGCUUUGGGAGCUGCCGCCACAAGCAGGAAUCCAGCACAGCAGUUGCAGUUAUGAUGUCAUUUUGGGUGGCUUUGCAAGCACUGCAGAGAUAAAGAAGGUUCGGCUCUAUGAGAAGAUGAUGAAAAAGGAGCACAUGCGAUUAUCACCUCGGGGAUUGUCUUUGAUCAUCAAGGGAUACUUUGAAGAACGGCCUGGUUGA